AUGUGGCGUUUCAUUGCAGUCGUCGUGUUAGCCGUCAGGGUGGUGCAAGCCCAAAACACCAGCAACGGUACCGCCGAAUGCCCAAAUGUGCCAGGCUUCUUUUACCAGGACAGCUGUAAACUGCUCUGCCGGGAGACGAAAUGGACGGAUGUAGUUGUCUUUCAUCUUGGCAACUACAUCGCCCACGCCGCCACCAUUACUACGCGCCCAGGACAGAGCACUUUGAUCACUGUAGUGACAAUGAUAGGUGCUGUUCUGCUUCCCGGCACCGGCAUCUGGAACGGUAUGAAGGCCAUACUCAGUUUUGCUAGGUUUGCUCCUACCGACCUGCAAACAGCAGCCCGUGCCGGCGCCUUAUAUUGA